UAAUGUUGGUGGAGAAACUCGUUGUUUUAAAUGCCCCUCCGUACCGGUCUGCUCUGACUCGAGAGUGUUUUAAGAACAGGAGAAAAACAAGUUAGAUAGCACGAGUUCAGCCAUAUAUAUAUAUAUACACACACACACACACACAGACUAUAUACUCAAAUACGUACGAAGCAAAAAGAGAUUCGAUGAUGGUGAAUGGCCAGAAGACAGAGCCACUGUCAUUGGAGGUGGCGGAGACGAAGGUGGCUGCUGCUGCUGCUGCUGAGGAGGAGGAGAAGGUUGGACGUAGAACCCAUAUGGCUGUGGCCCCGAGGCUCGAUCCGAGACUGAGUAGCCGGAGAGCUGAUCUGGUGCGGGUGGCGCUGAGGCUAAUGUGCAUGGCGGCAUCUGUGACGGCCAUGUCAUUCAUGCUCACCGCCCGUCAGGUUAGCGCGGCCUCAUUCUACGGAUUCCAGCUCCAUCUCUACUCCAAGUGGUCUUUCUCUUACGCAUUCGCAUAUGUUGACUUGACCAGGAAAUGUAUUUUAAUCAAGGGCAACGUAUCUAUGGACACAUUUGCUGCUGCUACAGGUUACUCCUUGCUGCAAUCACUUAUUUGCGGGUCAAGGCUAAUGAGAAUGUCUCCAGUUAUUCCUUCACGAAGUCAAGCAUGGUUCAAUUUUGCUGCAGAUCAGAUCUUUGCAUGUGCGAUGAUAAGUGCCGGAUCAGCUGCAUCUGGAGUUACAAACCUGAAUCGGACGGGAAUCAGACAUACUGCUCUACCAAAUUUCUGCAAGGCUUUGGAUAACUUCUGUGACCAUGUUGCUAUCUCAAUAGCAUUCACUUUCAUCAGCUGUGUCUUCCUCAUGACAUCUGCUAUCCAGGACGUAAUAUGGCUUUCCAAGUAUUAGAUUUCCUGUUCCUGGUAUAUUGUAUCUUCUAUGUGCAUCUUUUAGUAGGGUUUUUCUGGAAAGGAGGCAAGGAUCAACUUAGUCUCUAACACUGUUUUUUGGUUUUAAUUGGAGACUUUGUUGUUAAGGGCACUUAGUGCUAUAACAAAGGGAAAGCGCUUUUUGUCUUGAGGAUUCUAAAGGAGUUUUCUAACAUUUAA